GAAAAAUCAUUCUACUCACAAUGUUCCAAAGCGCACUUCGGUCAUCUCUUUCCCUCUACAGGAGCAUUGUUUGCGGCAGUCUAAGGUCACAAACAUUCCGUCGAUUCCUAUCUCAGCAGUCUCGCGCAAAAAUACAGGCUGCAGUGACAGAGUACCCUGUGGUACUGUUUAUGAAGGGCAACCCAGAGCAGCCCUUGUGCGGUUUUUCACGAGGAGUCGUAAAGAUCCUCAACGCUUUCGAUAUUCCACCUGAAAAGUUCAAGACAUAUGAUUGUUUCUGUUGCGGAGAUUGGCCAACCAUUCCGCAACUGUCUGUGAAUGGCGAGUUCGUGGGUGGGAGCGACAUUACUCUAAGCAUGUUUCAAUCGGGAGAGUUGGAAACGAUCCUGGAGCAGCAUGGAGUCAUUCCAAAGGUGUCAGAAUCACCCUCUCAGUCACCUUCAUAA